CAACAUGAGCGACAUCCGCAGCUUCUUCUCUAAGGACCGACCGGCCAAGCGCCGCGCUGCGAGCGACAUCGAAGCGCCAACAAAGAAAGCAAAAGCGAGCUCAUCGCCCCCAGUCGACCCAGUGUCAUCGCCGGAGUCGUCGUCGACGACGCUGUCGGCGCUGGUCACAGAGCCAACGUGGAACGACCUGCUUGCUCCAGAGUUCAAGAAAGCGUACUUCAAGCAGUUGGAAGCUUUCCUCGACCGAGAACAAAAAAAGAAAGCAGCCAUCUUUCCGCCGAGGCAUGAGAUCUUUGCAGCCCUCAACUUGUGCCCCUUUGAUUCCAUCAACGUCGUGAUCAUAGGGCAGGAUCCCUACCACGGCCCUGGCCAGGCCCAUGGAUUGUGUUUUUCUGUGGCGCGAGGGGUGCCGCCGCCUCCAAGCCUCAAAAACAUCUACAAGGAAGCCAACAAAGACGUGGGCAUCCCUGUGCCCACGCAUGGGAGCUUACUGUCAUGGUGCCGCCAAGGCGUGCUCAUGCUCAACGCCGUGCUCACCGUGAGGGCGACCGAAGCCAAUUCGCACAAGAAGCAAGGCUGGGAGACGUUCACGGACGCCGUCAUUCGCCUCGUAAACGACCAGGCCGAUCACGUUGUGUUUUUGCUGUGGGGCAAACCUGCCCAGGAAAAAGGCGCGCUCAUCUCGCGCACCAAGCACUGCGUUCUCACCAGCUCCCAUCCGUCGCCCCUGGGAGCCACCAAGACGGCGGAGCCGUUCAUUGGCUCCAAGUGUUUUUCCAAGGCCAAUGCGUACCUGGCUUCCCACAACAAGCCCGAGAUCGACUGGACAUUGUAAUAUAUAUAUACUACUACUACUAGUAUAUAUUAAGAGUAUAUUAUACCCCUCC